AUGGAGGGACGGCCUCAUAAGGCCCCCGAACCUCCUGCCUGCCCCCCUCUUCCUCCCCAUGACCAUUCCCAGAAGCAGCAACGAGACGCAGAGGAAUGGCAUGAACGCGGGGUGGCGACAGCAAACAGGAACGCUGAAGCAGAUGCCGGCGCUGACAUGGCAGCAGCAGCGGCAGUAGAAGCAGCAGAGGCAGCAGCAGCCUCUGGAGCCUUAACAGUGGCGGCAGUUGCAAGUGCAGCCGCAGCAACAAAUACACCUGAAGCUAGAGUAACUGAUGCAGAAGAACUCUGGCCUCCUCCCCCCCUCCUACAGCACUCGCCUCCCAAGUAUUGCCUGUGUUGCGCUAUCACAGCACAGCGGGAAAGCAGCACGGGGGGCAACAAUAAUUGCAACAGCAGCGGCAACAACCACAGUACCGACACAUGUGCUCCAUCGGACGCGAGCAGCGCCAGCGGCAGCUGCACGGAAGGGAAGGGGAACAACAACUGGACAGCCCCCUUCGUGGAAGCCUUUCUGCAGCAGCUGAGGCGGAGGGAGCUCAGAGGGAGUCACAUGUCAGCGAAGAGGACUGCAGAGACGCUGAAGCGGGUGGUUGAUGCAGUUCCGUGGACCACAACUCAAGAGUUGGUGGAUGUUGUCACAGGGAUUGGGCGGCGCUUAAUAUGUGCAGCUCCUUUGGAUCUCCUUGUUGCAAAUGUCGUUAGACGGGUGUUGUGUAUCUUUCGGACGGAGCACUACAAGCACCAAGAUGCGCAUCGCCAGUCUCUGAAGCCCACGGGCACGUUGUGGGGUGCGGGAUAUACAGGAGGGGAGGGGGAAGGUCGUUACAAGGGAAGCGAGCGGCAGCUAGCCGUACGCGGCUUGCGCCAGCAGCAGCCGCAACAGCGAGCCAAAUGGGUGGCUGAGCGAGCAGCUCCCUCGAUGGCUAGCUACUUUGAUCCGUAUGCGGCAGUGGAUGCGAGAGACUUCCUGCUGCCCGUCCCUCCGACUGUCAAGCAGUCCAUAUUCGAGAGCAUGUCUGAACUGCUGGCAGAGAUUGACAGCCUCUGGGAAGACGGGGAAGAAAUUCGAAUGAGCUGCUUUCAUGACGGCGAUUGCAUCCUCACAUACGGCUACUCUUUGGCCGUCGAAAGACUCCUGAUUGCUGUGCACGAGAAGAAUCAAAAGCUGCAGCAGGCUGCGCGCCGCUCGUCCUCAUCGUCCUCUAUGCACGUGCUGUUAGGGACUGUGGCGGUGUUAUCGUCCGGGGGUGUCGUGACGAUGGUCCCCGAAGGCUUAAAAAUGGGGAAUGUCAGCAUCAGGAUCCCAAUGUUUGACUACGUCCCUCGUUCGCUGGUUUCCGUCUUUAUAACAGACGUCGGCGCCAUCGACCCUAGCUACCUCUUCACCCUUUCGAGGCAGAGGUACCACGUGGACGACAUCGCUCUCAGCAUUGUGGACUAG